CAAAAAUGCCCACCAAACACCCUACAACCACCCACCCCCUCCCUCCCACUUCCCUCUCAAACCUCAUCUCCCCCCUCCUAACAUCCCUCAAACAAAACUUCACCGACGCAACCAUCUCCCUCGUCCCGUGCCCGAACCUCACCCAACCGCCCUUCCACCUCGCGGCCCCCGGCCUCAGCGGCCACGAAGCAAUCGUUGAUAUCGGUGGACCGGCUUAUUUACACCCCGUCCCUGAUUUCAGCAAGAAAUAUGAUUUGGGCAGGAUUGUCGCUUCGCUGUCCUCUGGCGAAGAAAAGGGAAAGGGGAGGCUUGCGAUAGGUGCUGGUGCUGGGCCUUUCCACAUCGUGGGCCAGAACUCGGAACUAAUUCCCAACUUCUAUAUUUCUGCCAGCGGCAACGUGACGAAGAAUCUAACCCACUACGCGAAAAUCGACCCUUCAACGCAAACCUGCAUCGCGGGCCCCGUCCCAGGAGCAAGUACCGCGGGCGCCCUGAUGGCGAACCUCUUCCUCUCGGACGGGGACCCGGGACCGGUGCUCAGAAUCACGGCACGGAACCGCAUCGGCGACAAGAGUUUUACGGAGGCGAUGAGAAUGGGUAUCGAGGAAAGGGAAAUCAGUAUGGGAGGCGUGUUCGUGGUUGAGGGAGCGAAGGUCUGGGCGCAUGUUAUGCCGGAUUUUUGUGGGGAGAGGUUGGAGGAUGCGGAGGUGGGGAAGUGGUUGAGGUUCUUUGAGUGGGGGGGAGAGGGAUUGGUUUUUUUGAGCUGUUUUCAUGGGGUGGAUUUCGGGGUUGGGGUCAGGGUGGAGCAUACGCAUU